AUGGAUGACGUGGGAUUAUGGAUCUGGCCGAUCCAGGUGAGUUUUUGUUUGAGGGAAAGACUUGACCCAUUUGCAUUCUUUGGGUCAAGUCUUUCUCUCAAUGCAAAUUACUUGUAAUCUAUAAGGGAAAAGUAAGAAAAUUGUAAAAUACGUUUCACUAGUUGUAAUACGUUUCUUCUAAUGUGUUAUGCGGUAAUUUACAUACUGUAUUUUCAGUUGUCCAUGGUGAUCGGGAUAGCUUGGACAAUCUUGAUGGGAUGCGGCAAGAAAAAAAAGAAGGCUCCGGUGCGAAAUCAGCUCAGUGGUUCUAAUCGUCAGGACAGUGAGGAUAAGGUAAUUUCUAGAGACGUUUUAUACGAUGAAACAUGCUUUUGAUUCGUAGAAAACAUUUUCCAUAUAAUAAGCGAUUUAUCGAGGUCAUAAGGGCCUCAAAAUAUCGCUUCUGGCUGAGGUGACAUUUUAUACGGGGAAAGAUUUUUUUGUUUUUGAACCUAAUUUUACUGUGUAAAAAGUCACCUCCAAGAUUAAAGUAAAAAAUACUCGGAAUAUUAGAGUUGUUAAGGCCUGUUUGGUAAUUAUUUUAUCUAAUAGUUAAAAAAAAUUUGAAAAAUUCCCGAUUUCCUGUCAGCAAAAAUUUUCUAAAAAGUUCAAUUUUACCAUUACAAAGAGCAAUUAGCAACUCUAUUAACUACUUCUUGCAGCCCGCAAAGCCAUCAGUCGCUCCGAAGACCUCUGUCCCGAAGACCGAAGCAUUGGAACAAGGCAAAGUGGAGAAAGAAGAGGAAAAGAAGGAAGAAAAGAAGGAAGAGGUGAAAGAGGAGCCUGGUAAAAAGAACGACGCAUCCAAGAGCAAGUCCAAGGCCAAGUCGAAAAAGUCCGCGAAGUCGGCGAAGAAGGAACCAGAGGCAGUGGAAAAACAUGGGCCCGAGAAGAAGGAAGAGAAAAAAGUGGAUCCAAAGGUUCGUAUUUUAGGAUUUUUUUGUUUGAAAAAAAAUUUUUUGGGUCGUAAAAUACGGGUUGAAAUACAAAAUUAAAAAAAAAAAUUUUUGAAAUUUUUUAUUUGAAAAAAAUUUAUUUUUGAGUCGUAAAAUACGGGUUAAAAUAGAAAAUUAAAAAAAAUUUUUUGAAUUUUUUGAUUCUGGGUCCCACCACGAAAACCUGAAAACUUCCAGAAUGACUUGUUUCCGGCUCUGUCAGUUGUUGCUGGACCGAAAACACAUUUUUUAUCUAUUUUUUUUUGUAAAAUACGGAGUAAGAUCGAUAGCUUAUAAAUUAUUUUGGGCCAUUUUAGAUUUACUCACAUCAAUAAUAUCUAGAUAAAUGUUAGGGAUCUUCGUUUUUUGCCCCAAAUUUUGGCCUUUUAUAUCUUACAAUAACUCAGAGUAAAGAAAACUAACGUUAGUAAUAGCUAAAAUUAGAAAAAAUUUACAUAUUGCAAGUUUUCUCCAAUUCUCCGCCGAGCCUUCGCCGAGCGUUCGCCGACCUUCCAACGGCUUUGCCAGCGCUUGUAGGCACUUCCUACAACCUUUUUUUUGUGUAUCCACUUGCCCUACGAUCCGUAUCGAUCGGUUUUUUGUUGACCUGAAGUGCCGUCCGGGUCCCACCACGAAAACAUGAAAUUCCCUAAAAAUCCAGAAAAUUAUAAAAACAGGAAGGACCCGAUUUCUUCUAUAAUUUCAGCCCGCCGAAUCGAAGAAAGGAACUGACCCAAACCUGGAUGACGACGACGGCGACGACGAGGAUGACGACGAAACCCUCCGAAACGUGGCCUCCCUCAAAAAAGACCCCGAACUACCUGACACGCAAGACGAAAGCGAGCGAAAGAAAUGA